AUGACGGCUCUGCUCAAUGAAAACAACGACCUGGGAGCUUUCGACAUUAGUGCGAUUCCGGCACAUUUGGCGUCGGUGUUGGACAUUGAGGCGACAAAGGAGGUGACAUCGGUCAAGGUGGACCCGCUGGCGGUGCUCAAGAUUGUGAAGCACUCGCGCGAGGCGUUCCCGACGUCGGUCAAUGGGCAGCUGCUUGGUCUGGAGAUUGACGGGGUGCUGGAGGUGACCAACGCGUUCCCGGUGCCGACACAGCCGGGGUCAGAGGAGGACAUGACGAACUACCAGAUUGAGAUGAUCCAGUGCCUGCGCGAGGUGAAUGUGGACAGCAGCUCUGUGGGAUGGUAUCAGUCGACGCGGCUGGGGGAUUUCAUGCAGCAGCCGCUGCUGGACGUGCAGGCGAGCUACCAGGCGUCGCCGAGCAGCUCGUCAAUUGUGCUGAUCCACGACACGGCCAAGUCGGAGCAGGCGGGCAACCUGUCGCUGCGGGCGUUCCGGCUGUCGCAGAAGUACCUGGACCUGGCGGCGUCGGGCAAGUUCACGACGGAGGAGCUGGCGACCAAGGGUCUGACGUAUGGCAACAUUCUGGAGGAGCUGCCGAUUGAGAUUGAGUCGUCAAACCUGGCCAGCGCGCUGCUUGCGGAGCUGCAGUGGCCGGGAGGCAGCGUGCAGCAGGAGCUGCUUGACAGCCUGCAGCGGCCGUCGUCGUUCAACGCGCGUCUGCGCGCGCGCAAGCUGGCGGACCGGUCGGCAAUUGCGGACGAUGCGGAGAGCGACUCGCUGAGCUCGCUGUCAAGCCUGCUGCCGUCGCGACCGGCGCACCUGGCGCGGCCGUUCUGCACCAAUGCGCUGGAUCUGACACCGUCGGGGGUUACGCGCCACCUGGAGACCAUCGGCGAGCUCAUCGACGAGCACAUCCACGAUGCCAACCAGUGGAUGUACUGGCAGCGCGGCGCCGCCAAGGAGAAGUACCGCCGCCAGCAGUAUGUGCAGCGCCGGAAGAACGCCAACGCCGCCCGCAUCGCCCGCGGCGAGAAGCCUGAGCCUGAGGAGACCGACAAGGAGCUGGACAAGAUGUUCCGCACCCUGCCCGAGCCCUCGCGCCUCGACGCACUGCUCAACACCGCCAACCUCAACCUGCUGACCAAGGGCAUCACCCAGAGCCGCGGCCCGGCCCUGACCAAGCUGUACAUGGCGCAGGGGCUCCACGAGUCGGCCUAA